AUGAAAUCAUCUUCUGUUUCAACUAUUUUCUCUACAUUAAAGCCGAAGCAAAUUCAUGAGAUCAAGGAUUUCCUUCUCACUGCCAGAAGGAAAGAUGGUCGCUCGGUAAAAAUCAAGAAGAGCAGAGAUGUCAAGUUCAAAGUUCACUGCUCCAAGUAUUUGUACACACUUCGUGUGUCCGAUGCCGAGAAGGCUGAUAAGUUGAAGCAGUCUCUUCCCCCAGGUUUGAGUGUUCAAGAACUGUGAAAAUAGAGGUGCUUUGAGUUUAUCAUCCGAUUAGUAGGUGACGAAAGCUAGAUUUGAUUUUGGAUUCAUGGUGUCUUAUGCCAUUUUGGUGCUUUGAAACUCGACAUUUAGUGUAAUGGAUUUUGUUGUGAGUUUUUCAAUGGAUAUUAGUAGAGCAAUUUC